GGGCGCCGCCGGGCUGUGGUUCGUUCGCGGCAGGGUGAACCGCGCCGGUUCAGUCAGCUCGAGCCCGCGCCCCGCCCAACAGCCGCCGCCGCCGCAUGCGGGGGGAUGUCGCGCUGCAAGGAAGGGCGGGCGAGCACCGCCGCCGCCACGACGUAUGUGGUGGGGGUCGAUGUGGGCAGCAUAAUGCUGCGCUGCCACGUCUACGACAAGACAGCUGAAGUCAGAGGCGUUAGCAGCAAGAAGGUAGAAACACUUCAUCCUCAUCUUGGCUGGGUUGAACUAGAUCCUGAAGUUCUGUGGACUCAGGUCACAGAUGUAAUAAAAGAGGCAGUACAAGCUGCAGGACUACAAAUGAAUCAAAUUGCUGGUCUUGGCAUCUCAACACAGAGAGGAACUUUCAUUACGUGGAACAAGAAGACAGGAAAACCAUUUCAUAAUUUUAUAAGCUGGAAAGACCAAAGAGCUGCUGAACUUGUAAAUUCCUGGAACAGGGGUCUCAUAUUGAAGGCAAUCCACGUUAUCUCUACAAUUCUUCACUUUUUGACUCGGAGCGAUCGAUAUUUGACUGCUAGUUCAUUGACUUUCACAACACAACAUGUCUCUUUGAGGCUGUCCUGGAUUUUACAAAACAUAACUGAGGUACAACAAGCAGCCAAUGAAAACAAUUGCUGCUUUGGAACAAUCGACACAUGGCUGUUAUAUAAACUCACCAAAGGUUCUGUGUAUGCUACAGAUUAUUCAAAUGCCAGUUCAACAGGGAUUUUUGAACCCUUUCAGAUGUGUUGGAGUUCUGUUUUGAGCAAAUUAUUUUCAAUACCGAUGUCUAUAUAUCCUCCAGUAGAGGACACAAAUCAUAGCUUUGGUUCAGUUGAUGCUGAAAUAUUUGGGGUGCCUAUUCCAAUAGUGGCCUUGGUAGCGGACCAGCAGGCAGCCAUGUUUGGACAAUGCUGCUUUCAUGCAGGAGAUGUUAAACUAACCAUGGGAACGGGUAUCUUUUGGGAUGUUAACACUGGGAACCAUCUUCAUACGCCUGGGGCAGGUCUGUAUCCAGUGGUUGGUUGGAAGAUUGGGAAAGAGGUGGUCUUCUUAGCUGAAGGCAAUGCAUCAGAUGCAGGCUCUACCAUAAAAUGGGCUAAGGAGUUAGAUCUUUUCACCAGUGUAGACGAGACAUCAACAAUGGCACGAAGUGUGAUUGAUUCUGAAGGAGUUUGUUUUGUUCCAUCUUUUAGUGGUUUGCAGGUUCUUGUUCCAUGCCCAUCACGGUGGUAUCUGAGGGCCUCUGUGGUAUCUGAACAUCUAAAAACGUUAAUGAAUGUAUCCUCAAAAAAAACACAUGAGGUUCCUGUGAAUGAUCCUUAUGCAUGUGCUUCCUUUAUGGGGCUGAAACCUUCCACCACCAGAAACCAUCUUAUACGAGCUAUGUUGGAAUCUAUCGCUUUUAGAAACAAACAGCUGUAUGAUACCAUUGUGAAACAGAUGCGGGUUCCACUUAGAAAUAUUCGUGCUGAUGGAGGUGUCAGUAACAAUAGUUUUGUCAUGCAGAUGACUUCUGACUUAAUUAAUAAGAAGAUAGACAAGCCUGUAAACACAGAUAUGUCUUGUCUUGGAGCUGCUUUUCUAGCAGGUCUUGCUUUAGCAGGGGAAAGCCCUUGGACUAAGCUGGCCCAAGAGGAUGGCCAUUCCACCAGAGGAUGCAGUUGCUGCCCAAGAGAGAAAGGAGAGCGAUCUUGCUACACACAGAUGCCAGAAGAGUCCUUUUUGCACAAGUUUAUUCUGCUGGAUCAUGUGACUUCCAGUCCAACUGAUUUUCUGAUUGGUGUAACUUCCACAAAUGGAGACCUGAAAGGAUUUAUAGAUCAGAACCGGAGUCCAUCAAAAGGUAACAUUUCAGUAAUUGCAUUACCAGUUUCCAGCACCAAUUCCCCAGCUAAGAUUUUGCCAAAAACCUUGGGACCAAUAAACGUGAAUGUUGGACCCCAAAUGAUCAUAAGCACACCACAAAGACUGACCAAUUCAGGGAGUGUUCUGAUUGGGAGUCCAUACACCCCAGCACCAGCAAUGGUCACUCAGACGCACAUAACAGAAGCCACUGCCUGGAUUCCAGAGGACAGAAAACGGGCUCGGGAAUUUAUAGAAUCAGAUUUUUCAGAAAGUAAAAGAAGCAAAAAAGGAGAUAAAAAUGGAAAGGGUCUGAGGCAUUUUUCAAUGAAAGUAUGUGAAAAAGUCCAGCGUAAAGGAACAACGUCCUACAAUGAAGUAGCUGAUGAACUGGUAUCAGAAUUCACAAAUUCUAAUAGCCACUUGGCUACAGAUUCGGCUUAUGAUCAGAAGAAUAUUAGGCGGAGAGUUUAUGAUGCCCUCAAUGUGCUGAUGGCAAUGAACAUCAUUUCAAAAGAGAAAAAGGAAAUCAAAUGGAUUGGCCUUCCUACAAACUCAGCUCAAGAAUGUCAAAACCUAGAGAUAGAGAAACAGAGACGGUUAGAACGAAUAAAGCAGAAGAGAGCCCAGCUGCAAGAACUACUAUUGCAGCAAAUAGCAUUCAAAAAUUUGGUACAAAGAAAUCAGCAAAAUGAACAACUGAAUCAAGGUCCUCCAGCUUUGAACUCUACAAUACAACUCCCUUUCCUAAUAGUUAACACUAGCAAAAGAACUGUUAUAGACUGCAGCAUAUCAAGUGAUAAAUUUGAAUACCUCUUUAAUUUUGAUAACACGUUUGAGAUUCAUGAUGACAUUGAGGUGCUGAAGCGAAUGGGAAUGUCCUUUGGCCUAGAGGCAGGCAAAUGCUCAGCGGAGGAUCUAAGAACUGCAAAAUUAUUGGUGCCAAAAGCUUUAGAAAGCUAUGUUACAGAUAUGUCUACAGGACUUUCAUGGUUGAACCAGGGGUUACUUUUAAAUUCAGCUCAUUCAGUUUCAACUUUAGAAAUGGCUGGCGGUACGUCUAUUUCUAAAUCAAGUGGAAAUCCAGGAUUGUGUCUGGAUGCUGAAGUGGCCUUAGCAACUGGACAGUUCCUUGCCCCUGGUAGUCAACAAUCCAGCAGUGCAACAUCACGUUAUUCAGAGUCACGAGGAGAAACCCCAUGCUCAUUCAAUGAUGAAGAUGAUGAUGAUGACGAUUCCUCUUCCCCAGAAUGAAGACAGUAGAAAACAGAAUAUACAAGAUGCUGCUUUUAUGUGUUUUUUAGUGUGAGCUCCUGGUUUUCAUGAUGUAACUUCAGUUUCUUGCCUUUGUUUGCACUGUGUUCAGUGAAACUAAAUGGAAACUUUCACGCAUAUACACGCAAAAAGCACCCAAAGUUAAGUGACAGAUUGAAAACUUUUUAUAACUGAACACAGUGUGGCAUACUGCCACAGAGCAAACAAAGUGUUUCAACUGCAACCAAGGAAAAAAGCAAAAUCCCUGAAGAUUUAGCAGACUAAUUGCUAAGUGCACAAGUUUAUUUUUCAUAACUUGGGACACCGCUUCUCCAGUUUCUCUCUUCCCCCUCAUUUAUCCCACUCAGAAUGGAGAUGAUUAUAGUAUCGACAAACAGAUGCUGAUUCUUACAUAGUCUUUAGGCUCUGCUAUCUUUUUUUUAAAAAAAAAGCUAAAAUAGAUAGUUUUAAAUAUCUUACUUAUUAAAACCAUUAUGGGGAGGGGCUAUUAGUAUGUUUGCUUUGUUCUGUUCAUCUUGCUGUAUAGAAGAGUCAAAGUAAUAUAAAAUGCAAGUGGCGAAAUUAAUCUUGAACUAGAUGAAAUCCAUUUUAGAUAUUGUAAAGAAUGAAAUUAGUAUAUUUCUGUUGAAGGGUUCAUAUUUUUCCAUUAUUUUAUUCCAUUGAUAUUUUGGGCCUAAUUUAUUAUAAAUAACUGAAUAUUAGCCAUUAUACAUAGUGAGGAUAAAAAUGGUGGUGUUCCCUACACCAGCACUAAUUUUUUUUAAGAAAAAAUGUUAGUGAAGAAAAUAGUAUUAAUAAGUUGUCUGAUAGUUUAAAAAUAAAUUCUCCCUUGAAUAUCUACACAGACCUUAACCUACUUUAGAAAAUCAAAUGGAAUAUAAUAGCAAAAGACUUUCUUUCUAUAGUAAGGACUUCAUACAUCAUUUUCAGGCAGUUUGCAGUUUUCAAGGGACACAGUCAUAUAAAAUAUUAUUUUGGAAACUAAUAACUUUUUAAUUUAAGAUUCUUGUGAAAAUCUAACUUUUCACUAUUUAUGCAGUUUGACUUUUUGCAUUUCACUCAGCUAGGAUAAUGAAAACAGACUAAUCAAAUUAACUUUUUGUUUCUAGUUAAUUCCAUUUUCCAACUGUUCUGCACUAACUGACACCAUGCUGGCACUGCAGUGGAACAUUUAACUCCAAACAACUGUUUUCACAGGAUUUUUUAAAAAGGAAAAACUGGAAUCUGAUUUUUAGUCUGUCAAGUUAGCAAAAAUAAUUCUUACACUUCAGAAGUAGGCACUGGAGUAGUAGUAAUUUUGCUUUAAUAUCACCCAAAGGAUUUUCACAAUCAUGUCAACCCAAAAUGUUAGUAAACUGGGCUUCUUUAGUGAAUAAAUUGCACCUCUAUUUACUGAAGGUCACAUUAAUUGAAAAUAUUUAUUUGCAGCUUUGGAAAAGGUAAAUGUAUAAAAUACUGGAUUAUAUAUUUGACUCCAUUGUGACCAAAGAUGCUGUUAAAUAGGUUGAGUCACAGUGGAAUAUAUCAACAACAAAUCAUACCAGUACAAUGGUUAAAUAUAGGUUUUUUUCCUCUGUUUAAAAAUGUCUUUAAAGGGCUGAAUUAGGCUCACAAAAAUCUCAGAGUUGAGUCCAGUUCUACUUUUAGCAUCCCAACUUGGUGCCUAGAAUGUCUCUGAACAGAGAAUUUUUAAACAUUCCACACUUUCUUUAAUAUCAAAGCAGAACAGGUUGACCUGAAAUGUUUUGAUAUGCAAGUUUAAACUAGUCUGUUUUUAUUCUUUUCAAUAUGCUAAACCUAAUUAAGAGUGAAUAAUGAAAUGAUAAAUUGAAAUGAUUCCUUUUUCAUCUUUAUAGUCCAUGUACAUAUUUUAGGCAUUUCUAAAUACCAGUAUUAGCUGUUAGACCACAAUGACUAUGGCUGUGUUAUUUAGUUAGGAGUUUUGCCUGAAUCCCUACUGAAUGUUGCAGUCUGUCAUGUUUACACACAUUUGGAGGAGAGGUGGCUAGCAAAGUUACAAGGAAAAUUUUCCUCUAUGCUUAUCAAGCUACCUACCAAUCUGGACAAGACUAGUGGGUUAUCCCAUGAGCAUAGGUCACAGAGACAGUUGGACAUGUGAAAUAGGUAAUGUCCUCUGUCUUGACUCAUGUUACUAAUCUAUUCUCAGACAGCUGCCAGUGUAACUACCACUUGAACUGGAAAUGGCACUGUAACUGUUAGGUCAGUAAUAGCUGACGGGGGCAGGUUAUUUCAGUGGUCUCUUAGCUUGAAGACAAUCCCUUUGGAAAGUGGUUUCUCUUGUUUAUGAAACCACUCUUAAAAAAAAAAAAAAAAAGUCAGUGUGUCCAGAUCCAUCCCAUCUUACCAUCCACCAAGCACUGCAACAGGCCUUGGAAAACAAGGAAACCCAUAAGCACCACUUUGAACACUAGCCCAAAGAGGAGCAGUAAUAAUUUUGCUUUCAUGACAAAAGUUGACAAAAAAUGUUCUUUCCCAGGAGCUUGGCAUGCUUGCUCCCAUUGCAGUCCACAGCAAAACUCCCAUUAAGAGCACACUGCACUACUACUCGCUUUUUGGCAAGUACCAUCGCAUAGCAUCACCAGCCUCUGGCAUUAAAAUACAGCAGAGAAAGUAGGUAGCUUUAUUAACUGAUCAGCUUCACAAAUUGAUCUCCCACCCCCCUGAAAAUAGUUAAAUCAUACAGAGGCCAAAACAUAAAACCAGUUUUGGGACUUCAAAAGGAAGUUGCUUGAGAUCCUAUGUUCCAAGUUCCAGUCCAGAGGGAAUUUUAACACAGGCAGUUGUGAUGUUAUUAAAGUCUGGGAACUGGUCCUCAUCCAGGUGGAGUCACUGUGUGAACUCAAGCAUGUAACUUAACCUCCUUUUUGUCUGAUGAGUCUGCUGCAAAAUUGCAGGACUGCAACAAAAACUGAUGGUGUAUCUCAAUUGAACCUUAAAUGUAUCUGAAUUAUAAGGAGAUUUCAAGUUGCUGCACACCAACAUCUUCCAUUGAGUCAAUAGGAGCAAUGGGUGUUCAGUCCCUCAAAAAGGCCCUUUAACUCUGAAUGGCACCAGGAGGCAUUACCAUAGUAAUGUGAUCAUUAACAGCUUGACUGGUUCUCUCAUCUUCUGUUUAGUUGCCAUAUUGUGUGAUACAGCUAAUAUGUCCAUUGUUAUCUGGUGACAGGUAGCAAUUAAACUUUAAGCAUAAAGAAAAUUGUGAUAUGAACAUUUGCAAAGUGACCCUGUGGUUGAGAGUGCUUUUUUGUUGUUUUGUGUUUUGUACUGCUAUUCUGGAUGAUUUAUAUGUUUAUUUAUUGGGUAUGAUUUACUAAAAUUAUUUGAGGAAGUACAUGAAGUAAUUCGCCGUAACCAAUAUAAUUGUGUGUAUACAUUUUAAAUCUAUUGCAGUAAAAUCUUUACAUAUUAAACAUUUUAUUUUAGGGACUGGGGACUUUUAAACUUAGGGAAAGAGUCAAUAAAACCUUCUAGACUGUACCACAAACAUCCCAAAAAUGUGUGUGUUUCCAGGAAGAGGAUGGAGGGUAUUUCUACUGUGUGGAAGUUAGCUCUAACGUUUAUUCAAUCUGGCCAUUAAUGAUUACACUACAGUUGUGCCAGAUUUUUCAUUUCUACAAGCCAAAUGUUGGUUCUACUGAAGUCACUGGCAAAAUUAAUCUAUUCUAAAGUCUCAUCUGUAUGAGAAAGUUAUUCCAGUUUCGCUGGAGGUAUGCUUUUAAACUCACUUACUGAAACCAAAAUAAAAAUAUCCACAGAGGAGUUUGCACUGGUUUAAGAGUGGCUUAUUCUGAUACAGGUUGCAAAGAUUCCUAAUAGACUUAAACUGAUGCAAACUUCUGUGUGGUUUAAAGCAGCCUUGUUGCAGUUUAGUUUAACUAAAUCAAUUCAAAAUCAGACCUUUAGGACAUGUCCACACGUACAAUGCUGCAGUGAUGCCGCUGCAGCACAUCCGGUGAAGAGGUUCUAUGCUGAUGGGUGAGAGCUCUCCCAUCAGCAUAAUAAAACCACAUCUAUGAGUGGCAGCAGCUAUGUCAGUGGGAGAGCUUCUGUCCACAUCGACACUUAUGUCUGUGUAAGUUAUGUCACUCAGGCGGGUGGUUUAUUCACACAUCUGAGCGACAUAAGUUCUGCCAACAUAGGCUGUAGUGUAGUUAAACUGGCACAACUUUCUUGUAUGGAGAAGUUGUUUGCAGGGUUGGUGUCAUAAUAUCAGAAAGACAAAGUGGGUGUGGCAAUAUCUUUUAUUGGACCAACUUCUGUAGGUGAAGAAGAGCUCUGUGUAGGUUGAAAGCUCGUCUCUUUCACCAACAGAAGUUGCUCCAAUAAAAGAUAUUACUUCACCCACCUUGCAACAAGGUGUGAUAGAGCCAAAGUUUGAUCCUAAAUAAUCACUGUUCUCAAACAUAUCAGACAUAAAAAGCUGUUUUAGGGUAGAAUCUAUCAUUUAAGAACAUAGCUGUCAAAUUAUCUUUAUUUUCCCACACAUACACACACACUACCUUCUUAAACAAAACCACCUCUAAAAUUUAUUUGUUACAGUCUAAAAAUUAGAUAAUGGUCAUUUGGAAAAUUAACAGGCACUUUAAAACUGAAAAUAUCCAGAGGCAUUUUAAAAAUACUUUACUUUACCUUUAAUUAGUCUAAAAGCCAAACUACCCUGAUUUAGAAAAAGCAAAGCAAGUAAUUGCAGUGUGCAUUUAAUAUAGAAUAAACAAACCAAAACAAAAAUGGGCUUUCAGUCUUGACCCUUGCAGUUGUACCUUAUUAUUGCAGAUGUCUCUUAAUUGCAUGAUCCUAAUAUACUCUAAAUGCUGGAUUAUCCAGAUACAGUGAGACAGGGCUAGGACUAUGUUUGAUCUUAUUUCACUUUGUCCCUCUUUGGGAUUACACAUCAUGAUCACAAUCUAAAAAUGUCACUAUCUUUCUGGUUAAUGUAAGCUUCCUUUAGUUAGAAUAAGACUUCGGAGGCAGUUAAUGCUCUUGCAAUUGUUCCAUGCCUGGGAUGUGAUGAAGCCAAAGGCCUGUUGCUAUUAUUUAUUUAAAGAGGAGAGACCCCCCUCACUAGAUGAAGCAACAUUCAUUAUAAUAUUAUUAAAAAUAACUUAAAAACAGUUGUUUAGAAGAAAUUCCCUUAUCUGCAUAGUUAAUAGCAGAAUUUUAAAAUUUAAAUUACUCUUUAGUAAUGAUAUUUAGUAGGGCUGUUAAUUAAUUGCAGUUAACUCACACAAUUAACUCAAAAAAAUUAAUCGUGAUUAAAACAAUUAAUUGCAAUUAAUCACACUUGUAACAACAGAAUACCAAUUGAAAUUUAUUAAAUAUGUUUGGAUCUUUUUUUUACAUUUUGAAUAUCGAUUUUGAUUACAAAUAUAUACACAGUAAAAAUGAUAAAAAAUAGUAUUUUUCAAUUCACCUCAUACAAGUACUAAAGUGCAGUCUCUUUAUCAUGAAAGUGUAACUAACAAAUGCAGAUUUUUUUUUUUGGUUACAUAACUGCAUUCAAAAACAAAACAGUGUAAAACAUAAGAGCCCACAAGUCCACUCAGUCCUACUUCUUAUUCUGCCAAUCGCUAAGACAAACAAGUUUGCUUACAUUGAUGGGAGAUACUGCUGCCUGCUUCUUAUUUACAACAUCACCUGAAAGCGAGAACAGGCAUUCACAUUUGUAGCUGGCGUUGCAAGAUAUUUACAUGCCAGAUAUGCUAAACAUUCGUAUGUCCCUUCAUGCUUCAGCCAUCAUUCCAGAGGACAUGCUUUCAUGCUGAUGAUGCUUGUUAAAAAAAAUAAUGCAUCAAUUAAAUUUGUUACUGUACUCCUUGGGGGGAGAACUGUAUGUCUCCUGCUCUGUUUUACCCACAUUCUGCAUAUAUUUCAUGUUAUAGCAGUCUCGGAUGAUGACCUAGGACAUGUUCAUUUUAAGAACACUUUCACGCAGAUUUGACAAAACACAAGGUACCGAUGUGAGAUUUCUAAAAAUAGCUACAGCACUCGACCCAUGGUGUAAGAAACUGAAGUGCCGUCCAAAAUCUGAGAGGGACGAGGUGUGAAGCAUACUUUUAGAAGUCUUAAAAGAGCAGCACUCUGAUGUGGAAACUAUAGAACCCAAUCACCAAAAAAGAAAAGCAACCUUCUGCUGGUGGCAUCUGACUCAGAUGAUGAAAAUGAACAUGCAUCAGUCCGCUCUGCUUUCGAUCGUUAUCAAGCAGAACCUGUCGGCAGCACAGAUGCAUGUCCUCUGGAAUACUGGUUGAAGCAUGAAGGGACAUAUGAAUUUUUAGCGCAUCUGGUAUGUAAAUAUCUUGCAACGCCAGCUACAACAGUGCCAUGCAAAUGCCUAUUCUCACUUUCAGGUGACAUUGUAAACAAGAAGCAGGCAGCAUUAUCUCCUGCAAUUUGUAACCAACCUUGUUUGCCUGAGUGAUUGUCUGACCAAGAAGUAGGACUGAGUGGACUUGUAGGCUCUAAAGUUUUACAUUGCUUUAUUCCUGAAUGCAGUAUUUUUGUACAUAAUUCUACAUUUGUAAGUAAAACUUUCACAACAAAGAGAUUACACUACAGUACUUGUAUGAGGUGAAAUGAAAAAUAUUUUGUUUUUUACAUUGCAAAUAUUUGUAAUCAAAAAUAAAUAUAAAGUGAGCACUGUACACUUUGUAUUCUGUGUUGUAACUGAAAUUAAUAUAUUUGAAAAUGUAGUAAACAUCCAAAAUAUUUAAAAUAAAUGGUAUUCUAUUGUUGUUUAACAGUGCGAUUAAUUUUUUUAAUCGCUUGACAGCCCUAAUAUUUAGUCUAUUAUCAUUACGCAGGCUGAGUGAAAUUCAGAAAUUAACCCUUGUCAUGUUCUGGCUCUCAUGCACUAGAAUAGCUGUAAUGGCUAGACUGCAAAUGCUGCCAGGGAAUGUUCAAGUCAAAAUAAAAAAUCUGUGUUCGCUAUAAUUUAAAAACAAAUUCAUGGGAACAUUUCAGUUGAUCUUGGUUUUUGUAAAAUCUAAAUUUGGUGCCUGUCAACCUUUAAUAGAAUGUAUACUUGAUUGAUUAAAGCUGGUUUUUAUCCCAUGUGAUUAACAUUUUGAAGGACCAUGAAAUGUACAAAAGCAAGAAAAUUCAGCAUUAAAUAUUAAUUGAACUCUGGGUUGACAGUCUGUCCAUGCACCAAAUAUAAUAUAGAAGAUACUCUGUGUUAUGCCCUUGAAAUCACUGUAUUAUCCUGAAAUCUGAAUUUUUUGUUUGGGUUUAUUAACCUUUAACGUAAUGGUAAGGGUUAAUAGCAGCUUUGGGUUUGUUUUUCAGGUAAUAUGGUGAUAAGAGACUUUUCCUCACAAAAGCACCUUCUGGGCAAAAACAAAUUCUGUGCACUUCCCCUGUCUCUGAUGCACUGGCACAUCCAUUUUACACAGAACACUUCAAAUAGGCUCGUAAUUUAGCCAAUUUGUAUAUAUAUUUUAUAACCCUUAUAGCACCCAAAAUUCUUACUGUGAAAGAUUAUUCCUGCUUCCAGUGGUGCUGCUCAUUACAUACCUGUAAAAAUGGAGGGUUCAAAGCUCAACCUGGGACCUGAGUGCAAUAAUUAUCCCAGGAGCAAGACACCAAGCUGGAUAUUUUUAUUUGGGUCUUCUGCAUGUCAUUGUGAGAUAUGACAACAGAACAAGCCAGGACACAGUUUAAAGUCAGUAGAUGUAUGUAGGCACUUCUGAACAGUGGGAUCUAGCAAUAGAUCAUUGCUCUCUUAAAGCAGAAUAAUACUGGGCAACAGUCUUAUGUAUAUCAACCUAUAUUAUGGAGCCAUUACAGCAUGAAUGAGUGUAACUACAAUUGUAAUUUUCUAAAGAUAAUAAUUGAAGUAUUUAUCCACAAUAUGGACUAAAUUCUGCAUGGAGUUAACUUUUUAAAACUUUUCCUUUUUGUGUUUGAAGUGCUGAAACCACUUAAAAGCCCAUUAAUUGUUUUAACCACUUUUCUACCUAUUUAAGUUAACAGAAGAGUCGUCUCAGUCAUGGGCUUGGAUGUUUUAUGCCAAGUUUCAACUCAGACCAAACUUAAAGAAAGGUUUGUGAACUCCUGAAAAAUGGAAGCCCUGAGACAACUUUAGCUAUAGUGGCUCUAAUUGGUGCUGCUGUAAAUUGUAUAGGAUUUAAUUAUUUCUAGUACUUCCACUAUAGAAUGAGUGGAAAUUGCUGAUCUUUGUUUUAUGGUGAUCAAUUGAGGGUUUGAUUCAUUCUGUUCUCUUACUGAAUCCAAUAACCUUAUGGUCUUUUCCCUAAAAUAUUUACUGGCAUAAAAUAACUUACUGUUUUUCUGUCAAAAUGUUUGUGCAUUAAAUAAAAGCAUUUUUACAUCUCCCCUUUCCUGCACUGCUAAAACCUUAUUACUAAGAGCUUGUCUACAUCUAAAACUUAGGUCAACCUAGCUACCUUGCACAAGGCUGUGAAAAAUUUCUUGCCCUGAGCAACAGGUUAGGUUGACCUAACCCCCCGCCCCCGUAGAUGCAGGUAGGUAGACGGCAGAAUUGUUCCAUCAAUCUAGCUACCACCUCUAAAAAGGUGGAUUUACUAUAGUGAUGGAAAAACCCCAUCUGUCUCUAGCAAAUGUCUGUGCUACAGUGACAUAGCUGUGCUGUGCUGCGCUGCUGUAGUGUAGACAUAGCCUAAAGAUUUUCCCAAAGUAAACUGCCAUCUAACACAUUACAGGCUUUCUGGGCAACUUACUUCAAACAAUUUGAUGCAGAUUUUUAAUAUUCCAUGAGUUUCUUUCUUGCUGGGUAUCUUUUAAUUAUAACCCUAUUAUUUUGUUUUGGCAAAGGCUGCUAUUAAGCUAUCUUGAUUUGUUUGUUCUGAUCAAGUAAUGUUAAUUUUUACUACCACAUUGUAUAUGACUAUUAGUAGCGUAAGAAUAAUGUGAUGUUAUAUAUCCUUUAAACACUGGCAGACAGAAAUACAAAGUACAUAAAGUUUUACUUUCCUAAUGAGAACAUUGAUAUUAGCAUACAGUGUAUUGGAUCUAAUAAGGAAUUAUUACUUUGCAGUCUUUCACACUUUGUAAAUAAAUACCUGCUAUUUUUUUAUGGAAAUUUUAUAGAAGAAGUUAUUUCUGUAUACUCAACUGAUCCCACAUUUACUGAAAAUGCUGCAAGGGGGAACUGUACUCCACAAAAUUGCGGGAGAGGAGGGGAAUAAACACAUCUGAUUGAAGUGAAAAGCAUGCACAUGUUGGAGAAAAACAGUAUCCAGCUGUUUAUAACUUGAGAAGUAAAGCUGAACUGUAGAAGAACAGAAUAAAAGAAUUUAAAGACAA